AUGAGGGGAUUCUUCGACCUCAACAUACCCCAAGACACCUCCUCGAAAGCAACGCGCAUAAAACUUGUAGUAAAAGCGAUGGAGCUAGGAUACAGUGGCAUCGCAUACAACCGCACCAUCAAAGGCAUCAUGUCUGAUCGCGACCGUUGCUCAAUCCCACUCUUGUCUCUUUCCUCUUUACUCGAUGUGGCUCCUUCACUUGUCUUCUCCAUCAAUCUCCACCGCGACCUCCUUGGAAUCCCACGCGCUUCCCCUUUCCGUCAGUACACCCGCUUGACUGUCUCUGUUGAUACUCCUUCUCAGGCUCAGGUGCUUAAUUCUGGGAAUCCUGUUUUGAAGACUUACGAUUUGGUCGCUGUUAAGCCUUUGAGUCAAACUGCUCUUGAUCACGCCUGUCUUAAAUCCGAGGUGGAUAUAAUUGCUAUUGAUUUCUCAGAGAAACUGCCGUUCCGGUUGAAGCUGCCUAUGGUUAAAGCUGCAAUAGAGCGUGGAGUUUAUUUCGAAAUUACAUACUCUGGUCUUAUUGCUGAUAGUCAAGUGAGGAGGCAAAUGAUACCCAAUGCGAAGUUACUAGUGGAUUGGACUCGUGGAAAGAAUCUGAUUUUCACAAGUGCUGCUUCUUCUGUAAAUGAAUUUAGAGGGCCAUACGAUGUUGCAAAUUUGUCAUCUUUGCUUGGUCUUUCUAUGGAACGAGCUAAAACAGCUAUUUCAAAAAAUUGUAGGUAUGAAAUCAUGCAAAAAGCUUAA